UUUCCAUUCCUUAGCUUGUGUGUCCUUGCUAAGUUCGAGAUGGGGUACUGGGACUCACCAGAGGGCACAGACUGUGUCCAAAAGACAUGGAUUACUACCAAAGUAGCCACAGCGUUGGGCCUGGUUGGGUCAGCCUAUCACAUAGUGGCGUUCCAGCCUGACUCUGCAUUGGUGGCGAUACAGAGGGCCACCAACGCCACUGUUACCAUGGCCUCCGUGGGAGCCAUUUUCGGCAUGGCGACUUGUCUCAGUGCUCAGGCUCGUGAGGCCCCAGAUGACCCAUUGAAUUACUUCAUCGGGGGCUGUGCCUCUGGGAUCUUCCUGGGAGCCAAAACCCACAGUGCUAUAACCGGCACAUCAGCGUGUCUGGGUCUGGGUACGCUGGCCUUCUUCACAAAAAUCGGCAAGAAGGAGGGAUGGAGGCUCGCUGGAGCCCCCAAACUAUGAGGAGAAACAGAGUUCAGUUGACUGUAAAUUUAACUGUUUGUUGUAAAAAUACUUCAUGUAAUAAACUUCUUGUGAAAAUGA